ACCUCUACUUUUCAUAUUUACAUUUGCGCCAUACUGAAUCAUCCAGCUUGCUCUACCGAGGUAGGAAGCUUGUGUUAAUCAUGGACUCCUCACCUCAUAUAAAUACGCAAUCCUUCAUGGAAUACAACGCGAAGCGUAGGCUGGAAUCUGUUCUGCAAGAUUGCGGUUUCAAGGAGGUCCACGCAUCGCUAGACGAUGUUCGAAAAAUUGCCGAAACAAGAUCAAAUAAUAUUUUUAGCAGCUACGCGACCCUCCACGAUAUCCUUCUGCGCCACGAAGCUACGAUUCAACGACGCUGGACUAAGAAAAAGGAGCAAAAAAGGCAGAAAUUUCUGUUGGACGCGUGGCCGAACAUGGCAGAGAAACACACACCCGAUCUCCAGGCUUACCUCCAUUCGACUGAGCAGGAACACCUGAGGGACUGUUACCUAGUACCCCAAAUUAACCAGGAAGACCUGAUAAAGCCUCGCCCGUUCCUCUUACUACUAAAGGCGCGAGGGCAUAACCCACCGCCAGAAUUCGCCAGUGUCGACUUCAGUUCAAUGAGCUUAGGUGUGAUAACGAAGGCCAUCGAGAUCGUAAUGAUGCCGAACCACUUUAUGGCUCUUAAUGGUGCUUCUAAUGCUGAUGAAUACGGCAAGCUUCUGGAGAUAAGCAAAUGCCCAGACGCCUCAGAAUGGCUACGAACUGGGAAGCAAUUCCCCAUUGGCCCAUCCUUGCUCGUUCUUGAAGCGCAGGAAAAGAUUAUGCGAUUUCUGGUCACAUGCUGUCGAAAUAUACUGCACGACAUUCCAGCCUGUAAUCUGACGGCAGAUUGUUUCCCAAUACGACCCGAACCGUAUUUGGAAACAGGAAAAGAAUCUUACGGCUUUAAUUCUUUGGCCGAGAUAGAUGAAGACGUGAGUUACCAACCGUCCAGCAAGCUCGAUCUAGACACUAUCGAGUUAGUGUUGAGUGCCAAACUGUCCGCAUUAGAAGACAACCUAUGGGCUGUACGAGAAGAUCCGGGGUAUUUCCUCGAGCAACUCAUCGAGCAUGAGGAGCACCGAAUAGAGCAGGUGAAGGAUGCGAAUGGGCAUGGGUACCCAAGCUCACAGGAAGAACGCUAUAUUACUCUUUGUGCGCACGUCUGCAGCGAGAUCAUAACAGAAUCCUACUUGCAUAUUGAAGUUAUUUCGGAACUGUAUCAGCAGGUCAAAACACUACAGCUCCUGCAGACACAGUCUUCUUCUGUCCAUGCUCUAACAAACGAUGGCUUACCUGGAGAUUUAAUGAAUGCCCUAUUAAAAUUCCGAUUUUAUCUAGAUAAAACUGCCCAAGGCUUCUUGAUGACCCUCCAGCAGAGAGUCAUUGCUUCUCCUCAGUUCCGUCGAUACCAUGUCCGCCAUCCGUAUCCGGAAGAACCUCCUGACUCAUGUUGGACUAUUUUACAGCUGACUACUGGCCCAAAGAUGAGCAUCAUUGAGCGGAAGCUCUUCAAGUUUCUCUGUGCCUUGUGUGAAGCUGGCGCGUCAUUCUCUGGUCUCACGCUCCAGAAGGACCUCGACUAUCUGGGUACGCUGCUGAAAGCACAACCAGACAUGCAGGAAUUGAUAUCUCCCAUGGUCGCCAGUCUCAUCGGUGACAUAUUCAUCAUCGCAAAAUGUAUGGACAAGAUUGACUCCUAUGAGCCCUGGAAGAGGUACUUCAGGGCUCGAAACUACCAGAUUGAUGAAGUUGCUAAAGUUGCAUACAAAGAGUUUAUCGGCAAGUUGGUACCGUUUAACAGUGCGUUCGAGCAUGAAAAAAUCAUGCACAUAGCCAAUGCCGGAUAUCCUUUUCGUACGAAAUUCGCCUACCCGUAUGAGAAGCGACGGACUAAGCGAAACAUAGAGAGAUUGCAACUUGCCGAGAAACAUCUAGCCGAGUUCUGGAAGUUCGUGGACCAAAGAGUAGAAUCUUGUUGUAAGGGUUUAAAGGGGAUGGCCAUCCAUCGCAUCUUGUCCCAAUCACGGGCUAAACAACGUACGCCAGACUGGGUUGACCCUGCGCCAUCCCCAGCUAAAGCAUUAGGCCGAGAGCCAGCCGUCGAUCCAAGCGUUGCGCAAUUAAAUAAACCUAUGUCCACCAUCUACAUCGGUGAACCCGCAGGAAACACCAAAGACAAGGCUGAAAAGUCGACGGUGAAAACCAAAGAGAAGAUGAGAGAAGAGUCGUUCAGCACGACUACAGAGCAAGCAAGCGCUGUCCCGGAAGAAGAACCAACACCAGAACCGACUCAGAUUCCCGUUGAUUCCCGCUCGCUAAAGGUAUUCCAGACACUCUUUUUCAAGCCGACCACGACAUCUUCUCCCGGCGAGAUCCCCUGGGCCGAGUUUCUACAUGCUAUGGCAUCCACGGACAUGUAUUCAAUCGUGAAGCUGUACGGAUCGAUAUGGCAGUUCCACAGACGGCAGGGAGACCGGACCAAGAUCCAAUUCCACGAGCCGCAUCCUCGCGGGAAGAUACGUUUUAUCAUGGCAAGAAGAUACGGGAGGAGGCUGAGUAGGGCGUUUGGAUGGGACGUAGACACGUUUGUGCUUAAGGAGAAAUAAAGAGGGUGUUGUUGCCGCGCCCCUUGAUCGUUGAUUUGAUGGUUCCUUGAGAAUUACAGACGAGCCAUAAAAGACAAUGGGUUAGAAUUAAGUCGUAAAACGCUCUGCCCACUGAAAAAGGCGAUUAAAUGCUUAUACCGAUAUAUUUUCGACCUUUGUAGGGAACCCUUUCAUCGUCAGAGCCCGCCGCGCCAACGCUCUC